CGAUAUAAGACGCGUACGGGUGUCCCGCGGCAACAGUUGACGAUCGCUAAGGGUCCUGUGUGUGUUGUGAUUGUUUUUACGAUGUGUUCCGCAAAAUGGUUGAUAUGUACGUUGGUGGUGGUGUGUGUGGCCGUGCGACAAGCCUCAGCAGCGCCAGCCCCGCAACAGGAAGAUCCGCCUAUGCCUUAUGAAUACAAAUACGACGUAGAAGACCAAGAGAAGGCCCUCUUCUUCGGAGCGAACGAAGCUGGCGACGCGCAAGGCAAAGUUAAUGGCGGCUACAAAGUACUCCUACCUGACGGUCGUCUCAUGACUGUUGAAUAUACUGUGGAGGGAGAAAGUGGAUUUGUACCGAAGAUCAGCUUCGAGGAUAACGCUAAUCCGUUUGGGAAAGGGAAAUAAGUGAAGGAUUACUUGGAUUGGGAAUAUUGGGAUUGCCUGUUCCUGGUGGGAAAAGAGUUUGUGAUUAAAACGUAACAGCAUCAUUUUUAAUUGGCGAUUGAUGGACUUUUAUGUUU